UCACCAUGAAGAGGAGUAAGAAUGGAGUGGGAAAACCCUGCAGAAAAGGCUGAAGUCUUUACACAGACUGACCUUCCUGAUGCCUAGCUCUAACUGCUCUCUCUGGCAACCCUGACAGAGCAGCAUGAUCAGGAUGAGGAGGAAGAAACUGUGGGCAUCUUGCUUCUGCUUUGCAGCUGCCUUUUUCCUUGUGGUGACACUCCAGGUUAUCACUGAACUGGGCAAUUCAGAGAAUAAGGUGGCAGUAAUCUCCAAUUUACACAGUGGCCCAUUAAAGCCUGUGGAGAGACAUACUUUUCAGUUUAAGAAGCAGGAACUUCACAGCAGCUUCAAGACAGAGUCUGAUGUAAAUCACUAUCCCGUCCUGCUCUGGUGGUCUCCCCUGACUGGAGAGACAGGGAGAUUGGGCCAGUGCGGAGAGAAUGUUUGCUUCUUUACUAUCAACAAGACCUACCAGCACAAUCAGAUGACGAGAGCAUUUCUGUUCUAUGGCACUGACUUCAGCACCGGCAGCCUACCCCUCCCUCGUAAAGCCUAUCAUGAUUGGGCCCUUUUCCAUGAAGAGUCACCAAAAAACAACUACAAACUCUUCCACGAACCGACCAUCACCUUAUUCAACCACACAGCAACCUUUAGCCGCCAUUCUCACCUGCCGCUGACCACUCAGUACCUUGAGGAUGUAGAGGUCCUGAAGUCGCUGAGGUACAUGAUCCCACUGCAGAUGAAGAACAGCCUGAGGAAGAGGCUUGCACCACUUGUCUAUGUACAGUCUGACUGCAACCCUCCGUCUGAUCGGGACAGCUAUGUCCGUGAGCUGAUGUGCUACAUUGAAGUAGACUCUUAUGGGGAGUGUCUGCAUAACAGAGACCUUCCUCAGCAUCUCAGAAGUCCAACUGCCAUGGAUGACGGGAACUUCUAUAAAAUACUGGCACAGUACAAGUUCAUUCUUGCUUUUGAAAAUGCCGUUUUUGAAGAUUACAUCACUGAAAAACUCUGGCGGCCACUGAAGUUGGGUGUGGUACCAGUGUACUUUGGGUCUCCCAGCAUUGCAGACUGGCUUCCAAGUAACAAGAGUGCAAUCCUGGUAUCCAGUUUUUCACACCCUCGGGAGCUGGCCCACUAUAUCAAAACACUGGAUACAAAUGAUCGAGAGUAUGAAUCCUACCUACAGUGGAAGCUGAAAGGGGACAUUUCCAACCCAAGGCUGCUUGCAGUGUUGAAGGAACGCAAGUGGGGAGUGCGAGAUAUCACCCAGGACAAUUACAUUGACACCUUUGAGUGCAUGGUGUGUAACAGGGUAUGGGAAAACAUCAGAAGGAAAGAAAAG